AUGACUGACAACAUCACAGGACGUCGUUUCUUGGUUGACACAGGUGCACAGGUAUCAGUCAUUCCCGCAACACAGUUGGACAAACACACUGGUACCUGCGGACCUCCACUCCUCGCCGCAAACGGCUCUAACAUUGCUACUUAUGGUAUGCGUAUCAUACCAAUUAGGACCAAGGAUCGAGUCUUCACUGCAAGAUUUGUGGUAGCAGAUGUGAAACGGCCAUUACUCGGUGCAGACUUCCUCCGCCGACACAACCUCCUUGUCAAUGUGCGUGGCCUGCAGGUCAUCAAUGCUGACUCGUUGGCCAUCUACCCUUGCAGCACCCAUCGAGUAGCGAAUGCAUCGAUACAAGAGCUCGUUCCUGUUGCUCCGCAGAGCAACAAGUUCAGGAAAGUGCUCUCCGAGUUUCCCCAAAUCCUCCAACCCACUUUUUCAUCUUCAGAGGUGAAACAUGGCGUCCAUCAUCAUGUGCCUACUACUGGCCCCCCUAUCCAUGCUAAGGCACGUCGUCUAGCACCUGACAAACUAGCCACUGCAAAAGAGGAAUUCAAGAAGAUGGAAGACAUGGGAGCCCGUGGGCAUCUCUUUUGCACAUGGUCCCUAAAAAUAGUGGAGACUGGAGACCAUAUGGGGAUUUUCGUCGCCUCAACGACAGGACGAUAG